AUGGCCGCUAGGCAGUGUCUCCUUGCUAGGGUCUGUCUAAGUCAGCGUCUCGCCCCACAAAGACCACGGUCGCAAGUCCAUCGGAAUCUCCAGACACGAUGGAGCAAAUCUGGGGCAGUGGAGCGGCUACGGCAUUUCGCCUCUAUUGCUGGGGCUUCAGACAUUGAUCUAUUGCGGCCAUCUCAUGUGGCUCCCGCGCCGUUUGGAGACCCUCAGCUGUAUAUAGCACCGCGCUCUCCCCUUUCUCGGCUCCUGGCUGCUGUUCGGGCCAAGGAUGCCGCCGCCAUCUCCAAGGAGUUCGUUGCCUGGACGGAUGUCCUGGGUGACAGGUAUGCCCGGGACCAUGAGCUUGCUGUCAAGCAAUUUGACAUCCUACCGAGCCCUACCCUUUCCGAGAUAAUUCGCGGUAUUGAUCCAGCUAGAUAUCCCGAAGGGGAUGCGGCGAAUGGACUUCUCAUAACCAAAGGGCAGACGGAGGUCACGGAUGUUGGUAAACUGAUGGAUGAGUUUGGCGUUCGCGCUCACCAUCGUAGGCUCUUUCAAGGAAUUGUCACCAUCAUUUACUUGCGGCAGAGAAGCAAGCAUAGCCCUCUGUUGGUGGCCGACUUCGAAGUCUUUUUGCGGAUUGCUGGUAUCACAGCUGAUCAUCACCUGGCGUCGGCCUUGCUCACAUUUUCAAGCGACCAGGGACUGCGUCAAUCCCGCACUGGCCGUACAUGGAUCGAGUAUCUGAGGGCUCGCUUCAUGACUGAACCUUCAAGCUAUCAAUUUGAUCGCAAUCGGGUAGUUGUUGACCCUCUCAACCUUGUGACCGCGAAUGAAAUGCGUGAUCCUCCGGAGGAGAGCAACGAAACAAAAAGCGCCAUGACAGCCAAAUUGUCGGCCAUGGAAAGUCUCCGAUUUAGUGAGAACGCGACAAAGCGGGAGCCUUGGAAUCGUAACCGAUUUGAUCCCCGCCAGGACAACCGUCGGCUGGUGCGACAUCAGGGUGCCGCGAACUUUCACAGUUUCUGGAACCACUGGGUUCGGCUUCGAUUGUCCGUACAUGACUUCGCUGAGGUGCUGCCGACCGCUAUCGAGGCGUUUUCCCGCUCCAAUAGCUCCUACUCCAUUCUUCAGGACAUCUUGAAGCCAUUUUAUGGUAUUGAAUUUGACCAAGAAAACCAUACCAUCACUGGUGGUCUUGAUAUCCAGAAGGAUUCCAGCCUUUAUCCCACUGACCGCCUGCUCUUUGCUCUCGUCGAGGCCUUUGGGGCUAUGUCGGAGAUUUCCCUCGGCAUGCGGGUCAUUGACUUCAUCUCGCGCAGGUAUGAGGUAACUAUUUCAGCCAAGACGUGGUCAAAUCUGCUUAACUGGACCUACGUUUGUGCUUCCAAGAAGCUGCGCGUCUCACGGCGUCUGCUCGGCGAAGAGACUACAACAUAUGUCAGCACCGGUGAUGUCCGUCAUGUAUGGGAGGUGAUGACUUCAGCACCCUACAAUAUCACGCCGUCCUUUGAAGAUUUGGAUACCUAUAUCAGGACUCUCAUUAUUACGCGUGACAUGAGAGGGGCGGUAGAUCUUAUCCGCAAUACAGCCAUGCCAUUUUAUGAAGCGGUUGCCAAGGAAUACGAAACCGCCGUAUUUGACGAGGUGCUAUUCAAUGACGCCCACCGCGAGAGGCCUACCACGCGAGCAAGCCGUACUCUUUCCUCUGUUUUGACCGCAUCUUCCUUUGCCUUUCAACGUCGUACUAGGGCAGAGGUUCGGAAGGACUUUGUUUUCAACCGCAUCGCCCUUUGGUUCAAGGACAUUCUUUCCAAAGCCUCAGACAGCCAAUAUCACCGAAAGAGCACCUUCACCAGUGUUGCUAUCCCCGACCUCAUCCGCGACUACCCGGAAUUCUUUGCCACCGGCAUCCGCUAUAGGACCGCCUCCGGAGAGCUAUCUCUUCAGGGCACCGGAACCACGCCGCGGUACGAGAAGAAGCACACGAGCCGCCAAGUCCUUCAGCAGAAGAGGGGGGCUUCCCAAGUCUUCACGUUCAAGACCGACAAAAAUGGCCAGAAACGCAAAAUCAAAGAUUUGGAAACGGGGAAAUUUGUUGAGAACCCAGACUUCAAGUGGCCCACCAAUAGAAAAAUGGAAAUCCGGGAAAACCUAAGGAUACCCUUCGAGAGACUCGGCACGGCGCGGGUCCCUCCCGCUGAAGGCUCGCGCUCAACGUACGCGAACGCCUGGUGGAAGAGGCUGGAGCAGGAAAUGUCCAUGUAA